CGUCGGCCGCACGAUGGCGCGCUUUCCAAUGGUGGUCGACGAUAAAUGCAAGGCUUGCUCUGUGGGGGAACUUGAAGCUGUGCAGGAGUAAUUUGUGUUGAUAUGUGCCGCUUCAGACCAAUGUUUGGAGGUACUGAACGAAGCUCUGCAUUCAGUGUCCAUGCGUCCUCUUCCUGAACGGAGCAGGACUCUGCUGUAGAAAGACUGCCUUCUCCAGAAUAUGCCUUGUCUCCAUGGUAACAGGCCUAAGGCAGACCCAGAACAACUUUGGGCCAAACUCGUCCGCUCUUGUCCAAUUUACCUAAUCCUGGACUGUACUGAAGAGGAAAAAAAUCCACUCAAUUAAUCAUUCUUGAAAUAUUAGUAAGAUUCUCUAUUAUGUCUCGUAGUUAUUUUAACAAUUAGAGUGCAUUCACAGGACCCAGAAUGCAGAAAAUAAUGGUGCUUGAAAAUUUGUCAUUUUAAAAGCUAUACAUUCUACUAUUUGGUGAUCACAAUGCAGACUUUGCAUACUCUUUAAAUGGUCCCACCAGGAGAAAAACUUCAUUCAAAAGUAAGCUUUCCUUGAUCAUAAUGUCAGGGAUAUUUUUAUUCACAAUUAAGGGUUCUUAAACUGGGCUGCACCCAUCCCAAACUGGUCAGAAAGGAGUCCUAAACCAGGACCAGAAUGCACCAGCUAUUCAGCCAGGUGCUGGGGCAGAGGGAUCUAUCCAGAGCGGGAGAUCUGUUUUCUCUGGAGGACACAGAGAUCGAAGCCUGUCUGUCUCAGGCUCUGGACCAGAUCAAGGCCAUCUCCUGCUCACAGGACUAUUUGACCAAUGACAAUGACCAGGCAGUGGUGGAGAUUUGCAUAACGCGCAUCACCACGGCCAUAAGGGAGACAGGCUCCAUCGAGCAACACAGCACAGCGCUGGUGGGACUGUGGGAGUCGUGUCUUGAGCAUAACCUCACCCCGCAAGGUGAAAACACAGAGGACACACCGCAUGCCAAGAUAGCCUCCGACAUCACCAGCUGUAUCCUGCAGAACUACAGUUGUCCUUCGGUCAUGGUGCUGGCUGUCCCAGUAGCGGUGCGGUUCCUGCAGAGAGGGAACAGGGAGCUGAGCAGGAACAUGUCCAGUUAUCUCUCCCUGGCUGCCAUCGCCAAGGCUGAUCUGCUGGCUGAACACACAGAGGCCAUAACGCUCAGUGUCCUGGGAGGUAACCACAUGCUGUUACGAGUGUUGCCGUCAGUCUACCCCAGACAACCGGAUACCAUCCACUGUCAUCUAGGCAACCUCACUGCGAUGAUGUCACAGCUGGAAUCCCCAGAGCAACAACACCUGAUCAGACUCAUUCAAAUUGUUGCUGAGCAACAUCCACUUAUGUUAAGCCCUCAGGUGCCCACACUAGUCAGUUACCUAGGAGACCAAUCCCUAACUGAGGCCCUACUGGGUGCGCUUGUGGAUGUGUCACAGGCCAGCCCUUCCUCGCUGGUCAGCUUUCUGCCAACGUUGAGAAUUGUGGGACAAAAAUGCCCUGCUCUCCUGGGUCACGUUGCCAAAAUCCAUGGUGCCGUGGGUAUCAUCAGUGAGACUCAUGCUCACAGCUCGUUGGUAUACCUGGUGUCCUGUCUGGGCAGCAUGGAGCACAGCUUUCACCACACAUUGCUGCUGGAAAUCAGAGCUCUGACCGACCGUUACCCGUCUUUACUGGGAGGCUGCGGUAAAGACAUCUACAGGAUGAGCAACUCGUUUACUGCUAUAGCCCGACUGCUGGGGAGAAGACUGGAGGAGAGCGCGGCUAUCCACUGCAGGGUUGACGAGGCAUGCCCGCAGUCUCCCUGUGCAUAUCUUCCGGGGGGAGGCACGGGAGGUAGUGGGUCAGAGGAGCGGCUGCAGGUGAAGAUCCAGGCCUUCGAUGAGAAAAUGGCGGAGGAGGGGGAAGAGGAGGAGGUGGAGGAGGACUCUCCGGCUCCCCAGCGACGCUACAGCCUGAGCCAAGCCGUCAGGGAAGCGAGACGAGAAAUGAGAUUCAACAGGUCAAAGAGCCUGGCUCUCCACGCUGUGCGCUCACGCUCCAUCAACUCAGACACCGGGGAGGACGGUGAGGGAUUGGAGCCAAGCCCAGACCACAUCUCCUCCAACACAUUGGUGAAUUCACACUUAGAAAACCAGGAAGCACCGACUGCUGAGAUGAAAGUGACGGGUGACGGUGCGAUGCCCAUUACCGCUGCCCUGGACAGAGGGGUCAAAGAGGCUCAGAAAGGUCCAAGCAGAGAGAAGGAGGAGCAGGAGGACGCCGACAGACUCUUCAUCCAUUUAAGAGACAAUAUGGAGACGAUCAGAGAGUUCUGUCGAGACAUGGUGCAGCAGAUCCCCAUACCAGAGCAGUGUGCGAUAGAAGAUUCAAAUCGAGGAUGUGUGGCCAAGCUGUCGUUCUCCUGUCCUCUUAAGGGCCACUACUGUCUGUACGCCAAGUCCUGCUUCAACCUGACCAGCCGACAGCCUCAUCUUUGGAUACACAUCAUGCUGCUACAUCUACAGAGUAAGUCCAGUGUCGCUCUGUGCUCCAGGGAUGAGUGUGUCCAGGGGCUUGCCUCCCUUUGGGAGAAGACGCAGCUAAAAGGUGCUCACAGCUUCCCCAUGGCCAUGACACAGCACCCCACCCCACACAGGAAGGACCUGGACAGUCUCCAGAUUCAGCUUGAGGAGGUGCGUUUCUUUGACCUGUUUGGCUACAGUGAGGAAGAGGGAGGUUGGCUCUGCUUCAUGUGUAACAACCCUGAGAAGGCCACAGUUGUGAACCAGGAGGGACAGCCUCUGAUUGAGGGGAAGCUGAAGGAAAAGCAGGUCCGCUGGAAGUUCAUCAAGCGCUGGAAAACCCGCUACUUCACCUUGGCAGGAAAUCAACUACUCUUCCGGAGAGGCAAAUCAAAAGAUGAGCUGGAUGACAUCCCUAUUGAGCUGAGCAAGGUGCAAAGUGUCAAGGUGGUAGCCAAAAAGCGGCGUGAUCGGGGCUUGCCACGGGCCUUUGAGAUCUUUACGGACAGUAAGACGUACGUGCUGAAAGCUCAGGAUGAGAAACACGCUGAGGAGUGGCUGCAGUGCAUCAACGUUGCUGUGGCUCAGGCAAGAGAGAGGGAGAACAGAGAGGCAACCACCUACCUGUGAGAGCAACACAGUUAACUAAUGAGGACACAUACUGUACAUGUGCAGACUAUACAUGCCAUGCAUACAAACUCAUACAUACACAAACAAGUAUACACUGAGUAAUAUUUUGUUUAUAAUAUAUUGUUAUGCAGUAUUUUUCUUUAAAUAAACCAGCAAUAAAAGACUGUAUGGUGUAUAUCCAACCAGAAUGAAGGAUGUUACUGUUACUCACUGUUACACCAUGGACUCAUUGAUGCAUCUACAACUGUGGACCAUCAUAAAUGUAUGUUACAUUAUAUAAGUGUUAAAGGUUGAAGUGACACAUGAUCUUCACCUGACUGGAUACAGUAUGGACAUUUCACCUUCUUCUGCUUGAGCCCAGACACUACUAUGAGCUUCAACAACCAAUCAAAACCAGCAUCUGUGGAAACUUGGGAUUUGAUGAGUUUAAUGAUGCAUGAUAAUUGACAUGUAUUUGAGGCCAUAGUAUUAAGCAAUAAAGACUUCAUAGAAGCACAGACCUCAUAAGGACUUGAAGCAAUAAUGACACUGAACGGUUUCUCUUGGAAGGAUAAGGAAGAAGAGCCUAAUGGACAGCAGAUGGGGACGGCAUUCAGUAGCCUACUCAAAUAAUGUGUCCAUCUGUGUAAGAGAGAGUAUGAUGUAACCUUAAAGGAAUAGUUCAACAUUUUGGGAAACACGCUUCACUUUCUUGCCAAGAGUUAGAUGAGAAGAUUGAUAUGACUCUUGUGUCUGUACACUAAUUAUGAAGCAACAGCCAGAAGACAAUUAGCUUAGCUUAGCAUAAAUGCAGAGGGAAACAGCUAGUGUGGCGUAUUGAGAAUUAUAACAUCAGUAGGCUAUAAGCUGCAGUUGAUUUCAACAUAUUGACCUACGGACGCAUACAUUGAACAUUUGACCAAGGGAAAAACAUUGCUGAGAACAUAAAACUCUUUAAAGGUCUCCUUAAUGUGUUAUAUUAACAGGAUAUUGAGCUGGGGAGCAGAGAACCCUGGGAACAUAGAUACGCUUCCGCUGGUUGCCUGAACCAAGAAAUAGUCUCUCAUAUAUCCCCCUGUAAUACCACAACUUCUCAACCUUUAGACAAAGCCAAGCUAGCAGUUCCCCCGUUUCCAGCGUUUAUGCUAAGCUAUGCUAACCAGCUUGCUAUCUUCAUAUUUACUGUAUAGACAUGACAGCGAUAUUGAUCUUCGUAUCUAACUCUUGGCAAGAAAAAAAGUGUAUUUCUUAAAAUGUGGAACUAUUCCUUUAGUGUACAUAUUGUUUUAAUGUAGAAUAUAUUGAAUCCAGUGUUUUAAAAUAAUUUGUAUAUGAUUUUUUUAUAUUUUUGAUUUAUAUUGUUAUUUUCAUCACUAACACAACUUUUUCAGUAGGCAACAGCUCAAGUUGAGUUAUUUAAAAAUCAGAACUGUUUUCUCCAACAUAAAAGAGCACCUUGUUUGAAGAAAACCCUAUUUUCUGUUUCUGCUGUUGUACUAAAGUGGCUUAUGAAGCAAGGC